AUGCAGCUUCUGAUGCAGCGCUAUGAGUCGGCUCUUCGACGUAGCUCAUGUCCGUCAAGUGCUCCAAGGCCAACUCGCCCAGCUCGUCGUUACCAGCCUAAUAUGCGCAAUGGUGAGCGUUGACU